AUGCCUCGGCCCUCCUCCCGCGACCCUUUCGCGGGACCACGCGCGCGGCCAUCCGGUCCCGGCCCCGAUCGGCAUCUCAUCCCCUGGACGCCACCCCCGGCACAGGCGACCGCGCAGAUUCCGCGGUCCGGCUCCGAGAGCCCGACCGGUCUGGCCCGCAGGCCCCGCCGCCCAGGCCUCGCGGAGCCCCGGCCUCGCACAGCCUCGGGCCCUGGGCAACAAAGGCGGCGGCGGGCCGGGCGUGGAGCCGAGGGUCGGGGCGCCGGCCUGGGCCUCACUCUCACCGCCCUACUCUGGGCCACACGCGACCCCGCGCCUCCCCCCCGCCCCGCCAUCCCGCUCACCCGGCAGCCGCCGGCUCUGCUUCCUCCCCGCGGCGGCACGACGGCCGCGUUCGGACCUCCUCCUACCGCCGCUCCUCCUUCCUCCUCUUCCUCCUCCCCGAAGGGAGGGCGCGCGGCCGCGGCCCAGGCGGGAGCGGAGCCGCCGCGCAGGAGCCCGGGCCGCCCGCGCCCUCCGCACAGCCCAGCAGGCGGGGCGUCGCGUGGGGAAGGGCCCCGGAGGGCGGGGCCGCGGUCGCGGGUGCGAGCGGCUCCACCCCUUUCCCUCGCGGACUCUUGA